AUGUCUGUCAAGAAGGAAACACCCCUGUCUAAUGCUGUGUUUUGGGCAGCGAGGAAGGGGAACCUGGCUCUGCUUCAGCUGCUGCUCAACAGCGGCCGUGUGGACGCAGACUGCAGAGACAGUUAUGGAACGACAGCGCUGAUGGUGGCGUCGUACAGCGGCCAUUAUGAGUGUGUCAAAGAACUUAUCAUGCAAGGAGCGGACAUCAACUACCAGAGAGAGACCGGUUCUACCGCUCUGUUCUUCGCCUCCCAGCAGGGACACCGUGACGUGGUGAAGCUCCUCUUUGAGUUUGGUGCCUCCACUGAAUUCCAGACAAAGGAUGGUGGCACCGCUCUCACCGCCGCCGCUCAGUAUGGACACUCCAAGGUGGUGGACACGCUGCUGAGGAACGGAGCCAAUGUUCACGACCAGCUGCAUGACGGUGCCACGCCUCUGUUCCUCGCUGCCCAGGAGGGUCACGUGACGGUGAUACGUCAGUUGCUCGCCUCUGGUGCCAAGGUCAAUCAAGCAAGAGAGGAUGGCACUGCCCCCCUGUGGAUGGGGGCUCAGAUGGGUCAUAGUGAGGUGGUGAGGGUGCUGCUCUUGCGAGGUGCCGAUCGAGAUGCUGACAGACAAGAUGGAUCAACAGCGUUAUUUAAAGCAGCUUUAAAAGGACACGGCAGUGUCAUCGAGGAGCUCCUCAAGUUUUCUCCUUCACUCAGCCUUCUCAAGAAUGGCUCCACGGCCCUACAUGCUGCUGUAAUGGGGGGAAAUCUGCGAUCCGUUCUGCUGCUGCUCGGGGCCAACGCAGACCCCACACUGCCAAACAAACAGAAUGAACUCCCUGCUGAUCUUACAAAGAGCGAGCGCAUCCUCAAAGUUUUACGUCCAAGCAUCCUGAACGGAGACAGCUGA